AUGCACGCGAUGCUCAAUUCGACUCUCGCCGCAACUGCAAGAGUGUCUCGCUCUCGGUUCGGCAGUGUCAGCCAGGCUGUUCGGUCUCUAGCUACCGUUUCGGGCUCACCUGUUCGGCAUGGCGCCUCUGGCUCGAGCAACCACAAGGUGGCCGUCAUCGGUGGUGGAUCUGCUGGUAUGUUGGUCAGCCAUCAGCUCCUUCGAUCCGGUGCUUUUGCUCAAGACGACAUUGCCGUCGUCGACCCUUCCGAAUGGCACCACUACCAGCCAGGCUGGACGCUUGUUGGCGGCGGUCUCAAGGACAAACGCGACCUUCGACGACCUCUCGCAUCGCUUCUCGACCCCAAGCUCAAGCACUACGCUUCCGCCGUCGACACGUUUGCCCCCGAACAGAAUCAGAUCACCUUGGCCAACGGCAACAAGAUUGCCUACGACCAGCUCGUGGUGGUACCUGGUCUCAGCAUCAAUUACGAUGCCAUAAAAGGCUUACCCGAGGCGCUUGCCGAUCCUUCUUCGCUCGUCUCUACCAUCUACGGCUACGACACGUGCGACAAGGUGUUUGACACCAUCGCCAAGCUCAAAUCUGGCAAAGCCAUCUUCACCCAACCUGCCGGCGUGAUCAAAUGUGCCGGUGCACCCCAGAAAGCCAUGUGGUUGGCAUUGGACCACUGGAAAAAGGGAGGCUUAUACAACCCUGCUGAUCCCGCCAAUUCGCCCAUCUCGAUCGACUUUGCCACUGGUAUGCCCGUCAUGUUUGGCGUGCCCAAAUACAGCGAGCGACUCAACGAGCUUCGUCAGCAGCGCGGUGUUGAGGGUCUCUUCCAGCAUGACCUCGUAGCGAUUGAGGGCAACACAGCCGUCUUUGCUCGUCCCGAUGGCGCCGAGCAGGUGCGCAAGCAGUUCGACCUGCUUCAUGUGACGCCUAAGAUGGGACCUCUGACUGUGAUCAAGAACAGCGCGCUGGCUGAUGGAGCUGGAUUCGUUGAUGUCGACCAGGAGACUACGCGACACAAGCGCUUCGAUAAUGUAUGGAGUAUCGGGGACGCCUCUUCUCUGCCUACUUCAAAGACUGCGGCGGCUAUCACGGCGGAAGCGCCUGUGUUGGUGCGCAACCUCGGCCAGGCAAUUCAAGGAAAGCAUCCUGACGCGGCGUACGAUGGGUACACAUCGUGUCCUUUGCUUACCGAGUACGGAAAGGUGAUGCUGGCCGAGUUCAAGUAUGGUGGUAUCCCAAAAGAGACAUUUGGCAGCUUGUUCGGCAUCGAUCAGGGUGUUCCGAGGACGGCAUUUUACCAUUUGAAAAAGGAUUUCUUCCCGUGGAUUUACUACAACUCGUACGUCAAGGGUACGUGGGCCGGUCCCAAGGGGUGGUCGUUUGCCUCAGCGCCCCUCAGCUCUGAGGCUGUCGCUGGCAAGCGCGCAUUCUCCACUUCAAGGACCGUACCACAGCAAGCACCUGGAUCCAGGAGAGGAUUUGCAACGUCAAGCGUGGGUCUGCGCAACACACCAGCUCGACGACCUCGCGACCCACUCGACGCAUCACCGGACGCCAUCCGACACACUCUGCCGAGCGGUGAGACGUUCAUCGUCCGUCCACCGCCUUCGUCCGCCCCUGCGCGAUCGACAGUGUACCAACCUCAGCCUCUGCUGCACGCUCAGCCCGCUUCCGACUCUUCGUCGCUCCCGCCCGCUCUGCGACCUCGAUCGCGUUUUGCGGCACGACGCGAAACCACCGAAGUUGCCGUCACACCUGAUCAGAUCGCCGAGAUCCAACGUCUUCGUCGCCAAGAUCCCAUCACCUACACCAAAUCCAAGCUGGCAAAGCAGUUCAACUGCAGCCCACUCUUCAUCUCGAUCAUUGCGCCAUUGCCUAAAGCGGUCAAGCAGGUCAAGAAGCAACAGGAUGACCUGAAGAAACAGUCGUGGGGUUUGAACAAGCGCGUCGCUAGGGCUGAGCGCGAGGAGCGUCGCUUGCUGUGGUAG